AAUCAUCAUUAUCAUCAUAUCAAAUGGUUAAUGUUACUUAUAACAUUGACAAUAGCAACAAGGUUAAUAUCACCAAUACAAAUGGUUUUAUGUGAUCAAUUUCAAUCAUCGCAAUCAUCACCACCACAAUCAUUACCAUUAACAUCAAUAAAUUUUCGUUGUCCCGAACAAUUUGGUUAUUAUGCUGAUGAAUAUAAUUGUUCUAAAUAUUUUGUCUGUGUAUUUGGUGAAGCAUUACAUGAAUCAUGUACAGGUGGUUUAAGAUUUUCAUCCGAAUUACAAACAUGUGAUUGGCCAAGAAAUGUUAUCUGUCCAUAUGAAGAUUCAGAUUAUGAUGAAACUGAAGAUGAUUUUGUCGAUUCUGGAUCAUAUUCAUUAUCGAAUAAUAAUAAUAACAAGCAACAACAACAAGUUGGAUCUGGUAUGAUAAUUGAAACGAAAAAUCCGACAACAACAACAACUUCGACAACAACUGCCAAACCUUUAUCAUCAUCCAAUAGUGAUUUUUAUGAUAAUCAUCAUCCAUUUAUCCUAUUAAAUCAUAAAUCACAACCAUCAUCAUUUACAAAAUCAUUAUUACCACCAUCAUCAACCAAUGCAACGACGACCAUACAACAACAACAGACACCAACGCAUCAAAUAUCGGCCAAAACAUCACCAUCAACGAAUGGAUUAUUUUCAAUUCGAAAUAAUUUAUCCGUUAAUAAUAAUAAUCAAUAUACAACACCAACAUCUCAUCAUAAUCAUAAUCAUAAUCAUCAAAAUGAUAAUUCACGAUAUUAUACAGGAUAG